AUGCCUACUACCUCGCAUGUGACUCAUAGCGGCGGCGCAAGGAGCCCCUUCCCUCCACUGGCUCUCACGCCCACCUCCUUCCCUAUGGUAUGGGACGAAAUCCUCCUCCACGCCGACGAGUCGACCUUCCCUUCUCUCCGCGCGACGAGUAAGGACCUGCACAAGCGCAUCAACAAGAAGCUGUACGAGCACGUUGGGGUCCACCUUACAAAAUCUGGCGACCGCUUGCACAUCGACCUGCUUGCGCCGUACACGAAUCACCGCGUUCCCGGUCUCGAUUGGGUCGGUGCUCGCGCCCUCUGCGUAUCGAGGCUCAAGUCGUGCUGCCUGACCAUCGACAAGGUAGUCAACCCGGCCACGAUGACUCUCAGUGGCGUGCACGAAGCCGACAUCGAAGCCUUCCGAUCACUGGAGGUCGCACUACACGACGUCAUGUCCCACAGGCGUGCGGGGCGCAACUACGCCUCGUUGUUUGACCUGGCGCGACUCGACACAGUGGUUGCGUUCCUUGAAAAUCCCACAUCGACCGGUUCUGCUCAAGGAGAACUCCGAAACCGUCGUCUCUUCUGCGACCUCCCUGCUCGGUUUCUCCGAAUCGUUGCCGUCAACAUUGAGCUCGGCGACACCCGCUUCCGUUUCUACGAUCUUGCUCACAUGCCAAAGCUCGAGUCCGUGGUCGUCAACCUUCGCAAGAAUGAAAGCCAACUGCAAACAACGACUGAUGUGUGGAGGGCGCUGUCAAGCCUGUUCCUUGCACUCUCGACCUUGAUGCCUCGUGUAAAGCUCAUCAUCAGCGGGCUCGAACUCUUCCCGGACAAGCACGAAGACUCCGACCAGGCUCCCGCUCCCAUCAUAUGGGAGGCACGCGAGCCACGCCUCAACCUGAUGACCGCCGUUCUCAUCGGCUCUUCCAAAUCGAUGGCGGAGGCUGGCGGCGGGAUCAGCCCAUGGUCAAAGGCUGUGAUGGAGCGCCGUGAUCGUGAGAUGGCGGAGCUUGAGGCGCUCAGGAAGGCGAUUGUGCUCGGGGAGGUUGAGCAUCUUCGUGAAGUGCUUGGGGAGGAGCUUUUUCGCUUCUUCACGAAGCCCCCUGGCUCGUCAGUCGAGCGUCGUCUCUCCGGAGAUGGUGACGGGGAGUAG